AAAAAAAAAAAAAAAAAGGACACCAAUGAUAGAGGUAUCCACCGGUCAAUAGGACACAAGCACCGAAGGGAGAACGAUCGGUCGGAGAGGGGAGGGGGAGUAGAAAGCAGUUGGAAGAGGGUGGGCUUACAGAACAAGCAAUGAGAUCUCCGGUCCCGUGGCAUGGAAGAAAUGAUGACCGUCAGCUGUUGAAGAGGUCCGGAAGAAGAGAGGGGGAAAAGUCGCAAGAAAGAGGAACGCGAAAAACGAGAGGAGACGAGAAAACAAAAGUUCGGAAGGACGUUACCCCUCGAAGAAGGAAUAUAGAAUAGAAAAGGUAAAAAAUAAAUUAAAAUAAAAGGGCAACAAGAAAAGAAAAAAAA